AUGGCAGCAUCUGUCAAGUUGAGGCCGUAUAGACGGAUAUUGACGUCUACGCUUCAUAGAAGAUUUGUCCACGCUUCAGCUUUUGCGCUUCUGGCGUGUUAUGCCGUUUCGUUUUUCAUUGGAGUCAAGACAUCCGUGUUUUGGUCAUGGUUUCCUAUCGGGCCUUGCGGAGUUCGAGCUCUGCUUCUUUUUAUUUCUGGGCUAUGCAUUUUUAUACUACGAGUCGGGCAGAUGCACGUCGGCGCGCGUAUCGCAACAUCUCAUUUUCACAACAUCAGACUUUCCGCCCUGUCUUUUAAUUCCAUACAAACCGUUGUCUGGUACAUGUUCUCAGCAUGGUGGUUUAGUGAAGUUUACAAAUGGUCUUCCUCAGCUGAUGCCCAAUUGAACUGGGUGAUUCCCGGAAAGUCAUAUGAACGAUCACACUUAAACGAACGACCGAUAUACCUUCACUGUUUCUUCAUUAUGUUAGCUCUUGUCCAAUCAUCACUGCAUCUGUACUUCGACAUGGAUGAGGUCCCCGUCCCAGUCACAAAGCGAAGUCCUCUCACAACCAGCCGGAGAACACACCGCCUAGCUCCGCUUUCUGUGCAGUUUAGCAAUAUUGCUCCUAACAUUAUAUUUGAAUCGGUUGUUAUUGGCUUCUCUACUGCAGUUCUCGGCCCCAUACUCUAUAUGCUCGUCUUCCGUCGAACCGCGUGGAGCUGGACGCUGUACUUUGCAAAGCUUUUUUGGAAUUUUCCACGGUCCGCAGCUGAUCCGCCAGGCUUGCUUCCACCUUCCAACAUAAUGUUCCAUCUUCGAUCCGCAACAUCUGGCUCUCUGCUCGUUGUGCUAUGGCAGAUAUCAAAUUUCCUGUUCUCUGCAUUCCUCGGCCAGGCCCCGCUUAAGAAGGGCAGUCCACUCACAACUGGUGUUGCGGACCCUAAUGGAAGCCUUAUUAAUGGACUAAAAUCAAAGAAGGAGACAGUGCUAGCCUUUGCUUUCUGGGAGCUUUGCCUUAUCAGCCAAGAAUUCCCAGACAGACGGAAGGAAAUAUUCAAAGAUAUUGAUAGAAACGGAGGUUCAGCCUGGAGCCAGAUACUAAAAGCAUCAGAGAAUAUUCUUAACGGUAUUACAACGAGAAUACAAGAACAUCAAAACCCUCAACCACAAGCCAAGGGUACCGCCGAUAGCCAACAAGAGUCUGGAUCAAAAACACAGGAGAUGGUACAAACUCUGCCUCGAAUUACACAACCAUCUAAAACUGAAAAUAUUCUACUUGCCUCGCCUAAACCUAAUACACGUUCAGAAAAAUUUGAAGCUGCAUUUGGCACCGUGGCUAAGUCCUAUGGGCAAUCGCAGGAUUGGACACCUGCAGCAAAGGCCAGAGCUCGUGCAGCUAUAAAUCACGCCUCUAAUUCUCUGUUAAGCCCAGAGCAGAAGCGCACUAUAUCCAACUCAGCACAGGAACUGAAGCUCCUAACGAGCCCCCCGAGCGCAAGCGGUCCGCCUAACCCUAUAAUACAACAGUUCAUGAAAUCCCCGGUCGGGUUUCCUUUCAGGCAGUCAUUUUCCAAUCGCCUACGAGGGAUUGUACUGGGCUCCCCGCAUUCGAAGCUUGCAGCUAUAAUUGAUGCUACAGAGUCUCUAAAAUGCCUUUUGAUAGCAAGUUUGGAGGAAGAUCAGUUCGGUAAAGUCCAGGCCGAUGUCCCUUCCGUGGUUAAGCUGUUCACUAGAACGAUCAUGACGCUUGAAUCAUUUGUUGGCAAGGAUGGCCUGAAGCCACAUUGGAGCGAUGUUGACUCAACAAGCGCGGAUGGGGUGCAGCAUUCUCGAUCAGUAGAGCAAGUUGAGAUUGUGAUUGACACCCUUAAAAGUGGGCUAUCGGAAUUACUGGGGGCGUUUAGCUUAUAUUUGAAUGAGGUUGGUGUUGUAGGACAAGAUUUGCAAUUAGCAAGAGAAGCAGCGAAGAAAACCGAUGUAUGA